AUGGCAGACCGACAGCACCGGUCCUCAGUUUGCUGGGAACACUGGAUCCAGGGAGAGGCUGACUCCCGGAGUUGCAGUCCCCUGGAGGAGAAAUUGUCGCUCCAGAUGGGGCCUUCUGCGGCGGUGAGUGGGACGGACGGCCACUGCCCUGCUAUCCUGUUUGAUAGUGCCCGGCCGGAGGCCGGGACCGGCGAGGCCCUGUCCCUGUCCCCCCCCCUAGACCGGCGGUGA